GAGGGCAUGGCUGUGAGAGCUUGUGGCUUGAUCAUCUACAGGAGGCUGCAGUCAGCACCAUCUUCUAAGGUCACUGACGGUAUUGAAUACCUCCUCCUUCAGACAUCCUAUGGGAGCCAUCACUGGACCCCACCCAAAGGCCAUGUAGACCCAGGAGAGGCUGACCUGCAGACAGCCUUCCGGGAAACGCAGGAAGAAGCUGGUCUUCAGGCCAGUCAGCUCACCCUCAUAGAGGGGUACAAGAAAGAACUGCACUAUCCUGUCCGUGGCAAACCUAAGACCGUCAUUUACUGGCUGGCAGAAAUGAAGGACUAUAACACAGAAAUCAAGCUCUCAGAAGAGCACCAAGCUUUCCGAUGGUUGAAGCUGGAGGAUGCUUGCAAAUUUGCAGAAUAUGAGGACAUGCAAGCAACACUGAAAGAAGUGCAUCAGUUUCUCUGCUCCAAAGAAUAA